AUGGAACUUUAUAUGCCUGGUAUAUAUCUAAUGAUGGAAAUAUCCAAAUGUCAAAUACCAAAGUCAGUGCAAAAUCUUGAGGAUGUAAUGAGAAUACACCAAUUACUUAUGAGUACAAAGGAAAAUGCCAUAAGUUAUUUAGAAGAUUCCUACACAACACCUCCCCAUCAAGUUUAUAGUGAGUGGUUAUGCCCAACAGCAGGCACACCCUUUAAAAAUCCUAAUUUAAGAAUUACUCAAGAAGUUGCUCAAAUUUAA